AUGAGGUAUUGGCAGAAGACGUUAAACACUUCUUUCUUUCUUUCUUUCUUUUUUCUUUCUUUCUUUCUUUCUUUCUUUCUUUUCUUUCUUUCAAGUAGUGUCUUUUCCUUCUUUCUUUCAAAACGGUUUAGUCCAUUUUCUUUCAGAAGACAGAAAUCUUCUUUCUUUUCUUUCUUUCUUUCUUUCUUUUUUCUUUUUUCCUUUCUUUUUUCCAGAAAUCAAAAGACGUUAAGCACUUCUUUCUUUCUUUCUUUCUUUCUUUCUUUCUUUCUUUCUUUCUUUCUUUCUUUCUUUCUUUCACAGAAAUCAAGUAGUGUCUUUUCCUUCUUUCCCACGCGAUCAAAACGGUUUAGUCCAUUAUUUAUGAGGUAUUGGCAGAAGACGUUAAACACUUCUUUCUUUCUUUCUUUCUUUCUUUCUUUCUUUCUUUCUUUCUUUCUUUCUUUCUUUCUUUUUUUCUUUCACAGAAAUCAAGUAGUGUCUUUUCCUUCUUUCCCACGCGAAUCAAAACGGUUUAGUCCAUUAUUUAUGAGGUAUUGGCAGAAGACGUUAAACACUUCUUUCUUUCUUUCUUUCUUUCUUUCUUUUUCUUUCUUUCUUUCUUUCUUUCUUUCACAGAAAUCAAGUAGUGUCUUUUCCUUCUUUCCCACGCGAUCAAAACGGUUUAGUCCAUUAUUUAUGAGGUAUUGGCAGAAGACGUUAAACACUUCUUUCUUUCUUUCUUUCUUUCUUUCUUUCUUUCUUUCUUUCUUUCUUUCUUUCUUUCUUUCACAGAAAUCAAGUAGUGUCUUUUCCUUCUUUCCAUAUUCGAUCAAAACGAAGACGUUAACACACUUCUUUCUUUCUUUCUUUCUUUUCUUUCUUUCUUUCUUUCUUUCUUUCUUUCUUUCUUUCUUUCUUUCACAGAAAUCAAAAGACGUUAAGCACUUCUUUCUUUCUUUCUUUCUUUCUUUCUUUCUUUCUUUUCUUUCUUUCUUUUUCUUUCUUUCACAGAAAUCAAGUAGUGUCUUUUCCUUCUUUCCCACGCGAUCAAAACGGUUUAGUCCAUUAUUUAUGAGGUAUUGGCAGAAGACGUUAAACACUUCUUUCUUUCUUUCUUUCUUUCUUUCUUUCUUUCUUUCUUUCUUUCUUUCACAGAAAUCAAGUAGUGUCUUUUCCUUCUUUCCCACGCGAAUCAAAACGGUUUAG